CGUGAUAUUACAACAUCUGACGUGGUCAGUUGCAAUGGUGUGGCGUGCCGUGACGUGGCGACACGUUAGUCAUGACGUGGUCAGCUGCGAUGACGUGGCUGCUCGUCAAUCACCUGCUCACGGGCACGCGCGAAUUUGUAGCGCUGGCUCGAUUAGCGCUGUUCUUCAGGGUUGACCCGAGGUCAAGCUCGGAGGUCUGGACGAGUGCAAUGUUUAGGUCAAAGACGAAUAAGAAAUGCAUAUUACGAAAAGUUUGUAGCAUCAGAAGUCGCAUCGAGACUUCAGUAAAUCCAUCCAAUCUGUGGAAUUUCUGCAACUGCAUUCGAAUAAGGCCGCAUCGCACUAUCGUCACCUUGAGUCAAGAAGCUUCGCAAAGGUGCACGACCAAUUUACCUCCACAAGAGCUUGGGCCAGCCUAAUAAGUAGCUGAUCUGACGUGUAGCUGAAUGUGAGCGUGUCGUGACUGCUUUUCGAGCGCUUUCUUGUGGACAUACCAUCGGUCGGCGUAAUCGUCUGGGCAUUGAACAUCUCCCGCUGUCUAUCUAGCUACCAAGGGCGACGAU